AUGAAAAAAGAUGAGUCUUUGAGUAAAACCAUGUUGAGAAGCAUUUUUCAUCAUCCUUUCACAGAUAAAAGUCUCUGGAAUUUUGUUGCCAGGUAUUUGAAAAUAUAUGACGUGUCUUACGUGAAAACGCAGCCACUGGAGGAUCUGAACCGGAACACGGAUUGGUUUAUGCAUCCUGGAGUUAUCCUCUUCUUCGCUUGGCUCCUUAUUCUCUCCAUCUUUGGUUGCUCUCCCGGCAUGGCUUGGACCAACGUCAACCUGUCUUACUUCGUCGUGACAUGCCGUUUCUUUCACCGGAAGAAAGGAAACCCAUUUACUGAAGAUCAAGGGAAGUACAAUGGCUCGACUUGGCGGGAGCAGAUGGACUAUGGAAACCAGCUUACACCCAACAGAAAGUUCCUCGCUGUUGCCCUGUACUUGAUUGAGUCACAUACAACAGCCUAUCAACAUCAGAUGCUCGUUUUCAACGGGGAUUGCAGUGAUUGUUAG